AUGGGGGCUAUUCUUCGGGCGGUAAAGAAGAACAAGGUGGGAGCUGUGGUAUUGUCAGUGUUUGACUGGUACCCGUCUCACUAUCCUGCCGCGGAGCGGAAGCUGCUGAGAAAGUUGGACUUGGCUAUCUUAGUCUUUGGAAGCUUGAGUUUCUUCUGCAGAUUCCUUGGACAGCAAAAUGUCACGAAUGCGUAUGUUUCGGGCAUGCGGGAAGACCUCAACGCAUGGGGCAAUGAACUGAAUUACUACGUCGUGGCAUACAAUACGGCCUAUGUCAUUGGACAGAUCCCGCUGAUGACGCUCCAGACCAAAGCGAAGAUUGCUCCCUUCUUGCUCCCUUCACUUCAGAUCAUUUGGGCUGUUAUCGCUUUCUGCCAGUCUGAAAUCAAACACAGCUGGCAUCUGUACAUUCUCCGGGCGGUCACAGGCUUUCUAGAGGCGUCAUCAUUUGGCGGGACUCAUCUCAUCCUCGGCAGCUGGUUCAAGAAUGAAGAACUCUUCAAGAGAGCCGGUGUGUGGUUCAUGGGCAACUCACUGGGUUCCAUGUUCUCUGGAUACCUCCAAGCAGCCGCGUACCGAAACCUGAAUGGAGUCUACGGAAGAGCUGGCUGGCGGUGGCUGUUCAUAGUCCAAGGCAUCAUCACUCUUCCCAUCUCGUUCCUAGGCUUCGCCUUCUGGCCUGGUCUGCCAAUCUCCCCUAAGCGAUGGUUCUUCACCGAUGAAGAGUACGCCCUAGCAAUCAAGAGGAUGCCAACUGUGGAGACGGAGGGCAUCACCUGGAAGACCUUCAAGUACACGCUCUCACGACCAAUGUGGUGGAUCUGUGUACCGUGCUACAUUUUCCUAUGCCAAGCACACUACUGGACUGGCUACAUGGCCCUGUGGCUUCGGGAUGCGAAAUACUCCAUUGAGUUGGUCAACAUCCUGCCAACUUUCAUUGACCUAUUGCGCGCUCUGUCGUCUUGGCUGGGUACCACGUUGGCAGGUUGCUUGAGCCUCAGAGGACUUUGGACUUUCCAAGCAAGCUUCGUGCUGUUUUCAUGCAUAGUGCUAUCAGUCUGGAACGUCCCAGACAUUUUGAAGUUCUGCGCAUUCUAUUUUGGCGGCUUUUCAGGCAUGGCCUCUCCGAUUCUGUACUCAUGGCUUAACUUCACCCUGAAAGAGAACUAUGGCGAGCGUGGUUUAAUCAUCUCAUCCAUGAUGACCUUGGGCUUUUGCAACCAAAUUUGGAUUCCACUAUUCACUUUCCCCACCGUCGAGGCGCCUCGAUACCCGCACGGCUACCCUGCAGCAACUGUAUUCGAAGUAGCAAUGUGGGCUUUCCUGAUGUUUGGCACGUGGUAUAUGAAGAGAUGGAAGCUGAAACAUCCUGAUCUUGAGAUGAGGCUGGCAACUGAGGGAGCUAGCCAGAAUGCGGCAGGUGUGACAUCAGACUCUGAUCGUCCUGAGGCAGAGACAGCACCUGCGUAUGACACGAAAGGACCCGAGGUGGUGGCGAACCAACCAAUUUCAGUGCAGAAGCAGUAA